AUUGGACAAAAUCCACCGAAAACGAACGUCGAUGCUCAUCGGCCAAAAGAACUCGCCCCAAGCGUCGUCCACUCCUGCGAGCACGGAAAGUCAAUGGCGGAAGCUUCUAGAACCUCCGAGGCGCGCCGCGACGCCGUGUUCGCGCGGUGGGUGAUUUUCUCGCCGGCGCGCUCCCGUCGCCCCACCGACCUCAAGUCCCACGGCCCGGCAAACCCUAGCCCCGGCCCCGACGAUGGCGCCCCCAAGCCGUCCUGCCCCUUCUGCCUCGGCCGCGAGUCCGAGUGCGCGCCGGAGAUAUUCCGCGUGCCGCCUCCCGACGCGUCGCCGCCGUGGCGGAUCCGCGUGAUCGAGAACCUCUUCCCAGCGCUGCGGCGCGAGGCGGCGCCGCCCGCACCGGAGGACGAGGAGCCCGUCGGCGCGGGGGAAUGCGCCGUGAGGGGGUUCGGGUUCCAUGACGUGGUCAUCGAGACGCCGCACCAUGAAGUCCGGCUCUGGGAUCUGGACGCGGAGGGGGUCCGCGACGUCCUGCUUGCGUACGCGCGUCGGGUGCAGCAGCUGGCCGAGCACCCAGCGGUGAAGUAUGUUCAGGUGUUCAAGAACCAGGGGGCAUCUGCCGGAGCUUCAAUGGCACACUCACACAGCCAGAUGUUGGGAACUCCUUUUGUCCCUCCAUCUGUUACCUCCCGGCUUAACUGCAUGAAGGAGGUCUUCGAGAGGUCAGGAAAGUGCAGCCUCUGUGUGGUUCCGUCCAAGGAUAUCUUGGUCAGUGAGACGCACAAUUUUUCUGCAUUUGUCCCUUUUGCAGCUUCUUAUCCAUUUGAGAUAUGGAUCGUUCCGCGGCAACAUAGCUCCUACUUCCAUGAAACAGAUCAGGAUAAGGUAUUGGAUCUUGCGGGUCUGUUGAAAAGCAUGCUUCAUAAGUUGUGUAAGCAACUCAAUGAUCCCCCAUUCAACUAUAUGAUCCACAGCGCACCGUUUGGACUCUCCUCAUCUUGUCUACCUUACACGCACUGGUUCCUCCAAAUAGUGCCACAGUUGAGUGUAAUCGGUGGAUUCGAGAUGGGAAGCGGGUGCCACAUAAACCCAGUUUUCCCUGAAGACGCUGCAAAAAUUCUGAGGGAAAUCGACGGCUCAGUAUAGUUCGGUACUUACAUGUGAUUUGUUUCUCAGUCAUGUAAAAAGGAAGUUUGUAUGUCGCUAAUAAUCUGAGUGGACUGUUAACUUUACGUACUGCUGAGAAUUUGAUCAAACCUGGAAGUUUUAACCUUACUAACGUUAUUCUGUUACCUGGAA